CAAACUUUAAUUCUCAUUUAAUUUAAUUUUCAUUCUUAAUUCCUUUUGCUUUUCAAUUAUCAUCCAAUGGAGUGGAAUUGGACCGAUAGCGUAAUCGGACCUACGGGAUAUCCCCGUGAAAGCUUCUUUAGUUUCCGGCCAAAUCAAAAGAUCGAUAAAAUUGUUAUUUCUUAUGGUACGCCGUCAAACCUCAUUAUUGUUGGUUUGACUUUUUUCUCCUCUAAUGAAGAUGGUUCAACGGAUACACUCACAAUAGGUGGAGGUGGCAAAGAUAGUGUGGUCAUCCGUAAAGACACGGUGCUUUUUGAUGGCGCAAAUGAAUACUUGACCGGGAUAAGUGGAAGGUUUAGCGUUUUCGACGAUCCAACUUCGCCAAUCUUAUAUUGUAUAAAAUUUACCACCAAUCUAAGAGAGACCAGGAUGUACGGAGUUGAACUUCAAAGUUCACCGCUAUUUAACUUGAAUGCUCCGGAUGGCGACAAGAUUGUUGGGUUUCUUGGUCGAUCUGGACCGUAUAUUAAUGCUCUUGGUGUUUAUCAUACAAAGGCCUGAUUAUAUUGUCACUCUCAAGCUAAUAAAUGCUCCAUUGGAACAUGUCUAUGUGUGUUGUUUGUUGAAUAAGUUCCAAUUGGUUUGAAUAAUGUUAUAUUAAGCAAGCAUUGCUUGUUUUAUGUUUUUCAAAUGUGCUCUCAUGUAUGAGCAUUUUAAUAAAUAACGUUGUUUUUAUACUUUGCUCUUUAAUUUAAUUAAUAUACCAAUUA